AUGGUCAUGCUUGAUUAUCGUUUAUAUUUUAUAAAUGAUGCUGAAAAACAUGGUUUCUUUCGAAAAGCUGUACCAACAUUACCAUUAGCUAUUGCUGUUUUAUUUUGUAUGCUAAAUCUUUUACUGCCCGGUUCAGGAACAUUUUUAGCAUCAUUUGCAAUUAUUUUUGGUUCACAAACUGAAUAUGGAUCCGGUUAUGGUUAUCAAGCAUUUUUAAUCUGUUUUCUAUCAUCAUUAUUACAAUUUAUUACCGCUAUAUUCGUAUUCGGUUGGGUUUGGUCAAUUAUGUGGGGAAUUGUUUUCAUUAAAAAUUCAUUACGUUAUGGCCAGAAACGUGACAUUCAUACGAUAAGUCUUUGUUGAUAAUUUGCAACUGUUGUUAUUGUUGUUAUUUUUUCUGUGACAAUAAAAAACAUGUUUUUUCGAGCCUUUUGAAUCAAACUAUUUAAAAAGAUCUGUGUGCCUUGUUCAUUG